UGUGGUAGGACUGGAAAUUCAUGUCCAGAUUUCCUCCAACUCUAAACUCUUCUCUGGAGCUCAAGUGUGCUUUGCAGCUCCCCCGAAUUCUUUGGUUUCUUUUUUUGAUGCAUCUCUGCCUGGAACUUUGCCGUGCUUCCCUGUACUAGCUCUAGAGAGACAGCUGUGAGCCAGGUCAUCUUGUCCUCACGGAGCAACUAAGCACAUUGUGAUAGUACCUGCUAAUACAUGUAUUCUGUUGGUGAAAUUCCUUCUUUUGUUCUCAAAGGCAAAACAAUGAAGAACCUUUCUUCCUUCCAUCCUUACAACAUACACCCACACUCAGGCUCCUGCUGGUGCCGGAGCUCCUGUUAUUGGCAUCGUCAUCUGCCAUCCUAGUAGCCUGGCUUCAUGGAGGGUGAGCUCUCAGGGGUUCUCAACAGGAGGUGUGUAGAAGCUGCAGUGAUGACUGGCUUGGCACUGAACUGCCACAUAAACAAGAAGUCUUUGUUUGACAGGAAGCACUACUUCUACUCAGACCUUCCUGCAGGCUACCAGAUCACCCAACAGAGGCUCCCAAUUGCUGCCAAUGGGCACUUGACGUACAGUGUCUACAUGGGGAAGAAACGGAGUCAGAUGACCACCAAGACAGUGAGGAUCAAACAGAUCCAAUUGGAGCAGGACAGUGGCAAAAGCCUCCAUGAUGACCUGAGGUCCCAGACGCUCAUUGAUUUGAAUAGAGCUGGAGUUGGCCUUCUCGAAGUGGUCCUGGAGCCUGACCUGUGCUGUGGAGAAGAGGCAGCCAUAGCUGUCAGGGAACUGCAGAUGAUCCUUCAAGCCCUGGGAACCAGCCAGGCAAACAUGGCAGAGGGUCAACUGAGAGUAGACGCCAAUGUAUCCGUGCAUCACCCCGGGGAACCUCUGGGUGUCCGGACGGAAGUGAAGAAUCUCAACAGCCUCAGAUUUUUGGCUAAAGCUAUAGACUAUGAAAUUCAGAGACAAAUCACUGAACUUGAGAAUGGAGGUGAAAUUCUAAAUGAAACUCGUUCGUUUGAUUAUAAGCUGGGGUGCACCGUGUCAAUGAGAGACAAAGAAGGAAAGCAAGACUACAGGUUUAUGCCAGAGCCCAACCUGCCCCCCUUAGUGCUCUAUGAUGCCACAUCUCUGCCUGCAGAUGCAGACUCUCAGCAGGUGGUCAAUAUUGACCAGCUUCGGGACAUGCUUCCUGAGCUCCCCAGUGCAACCAGAGAAAGGCUUGUCCAGCAGUAUGGGAUACUGCCAGAGCACAGCUUCACAUUACUGAAUGAAGUUGGCCUACUGGAGUUCUUCCAAAGUGUGAUAAAAGAAACUAGGGCAGAGCCAAAAAGGGUGAUUAACUGGGUCCUGAAUACUCUUCUGUACUAUUUAAAGCAACAGAAUCUUGCCGUCAGUGAGAGUCCUGUCACACCUGCUGCGCUCGCCGAGCUCCUUGACCUCCUGGACAGUAAAGCAAUUUCUUCCUCAGCAGCUAAACAGGUGUUUGAGGAGCUGUGGAAGGGAGAGGGGAAGACAGCAGCACAGAUUGUGACAGAACAGCAGCUGGAACUAAUGCAGGAUCGAGAGGCCCUGGAACAGCUCUGCCAGGCUGCCAUAGAUGGACACCCCCAAGUGGUGAUGGAUGUGAAGAACAAAAACCCCAAAGCUAUUAAUAAGCUGAUCGGGCUGGUCCGGAGAACAAGUCUAAGCCGCGCAGACCCAACUCUGAUAAAAGAAAUACUGGAGAGGAAACUGUCAUUGUGAGAUGUGCUGAGGUCCCUCUGCCUGAGGAAGGACAGUGUGGCCCUGAGAACAGGAGCCCAUGAAAACUGGUGUUCAUGUGGGUACAAUUUGUGUCUCUCAGUCCCUGGCCAAGCUACACCUCUCGAGAGGUAACAUUUUACACAAAUGUGUGUCCUCUGAGACCCUAUGACCUGGAGGCAGCCAUCAUGGAAGACCAGAAGCUGGAGGUCUGCCUCAUUGUCUGGAAACAGUUCUGUGAUGAUGGCAGCGGUGAUUAAAGAAACAACAUUUUUUUUUUUUUUUUUGAAA